AUGGGCGACGCGGAUACGUUAUCUAGACUCGCCGGGAUUGAUGAUGAGGCGGAUACUGUGGUGAUGACGUUGCUAGGUGACAAGGAUGAACCAACCACACACGAGCUACUACUCGAGCUAAAUCAGGAUCUUGCUCACGUUGGAUACAAGAUAUUGGCUGACUUUUAUCGAAAGGUCACCAAGGAAGAAGUGAAGGAACAAGAAUGCUGCAGG